AUGCCACCAAGAAAAACAAAUACUGCUGCCAAGGCGCAAACCAAGGCACCCGACGCUUCCCAGGCGCCAGUCGACGUGCGAACGAAAGCACCCACGGCUUCCAAGGCGCAAAACGACGCAGCCGAAUUACACGCCAAGGCAUUCGAGUUCAAGACUACCAAUCGUCCAGAUGAGUGGAAGAUUGAGCAGGGACUGUCGGGAGCUGUGCUGCCAGUCCUGGAUAUGACCGGGCCUGAGACCAAAGCAUUGGACAUUCAGACUUUUGGCCCUCUCACCAAGGAUGAUAAAGCGAUCGAGUCAGUGGGCGAUCGCGAGAAGCUCUUCACUCGUGAGAGAAAGGGCUGGGUUGGCUUUGUAGAGUGGGAAAACUAUCCGGAAAAGAAGGCCGCGGCGCACAAGAUCCUUACUUCCCAGACCUUUCCGCCAAACCCAGAGUUCCAACUGGGUCCAAUUCCCGGCACGAAUCCUGUGCUCCCUGGCACACACUGGAAGAUGUGGCAUCAUGCGAUCGGUGGUGAGCUUACCACGGUCCCCGAUGAUUCAUGGGACAUUGUCCUCAAGGAAAAACACCCUGAUAUGCUGCAUCUCUUGCAGUUUCCCUACAAUGGUGAACCUCCAAAACGAUUGGUUACGAAUAAGGCCAUCACUCCAAAUUCCCUGCACUUUGUGCGGAACCACGGUGGCAUCCCGAUCAUCAACAAGGAUGACUACAGCUUCGUGCUGGAUGGUCUCGUUGCAAACCCCAAGAGCUUUACCCUUGAUGACAUCAUGGACGAAUCCAAAUACCCACGCAUGGAGAAGACAGUGACGAUCCAAUGCUCGGGCACGCGCCGCAUUGAGCAGAUUCUCAAGUACCCUGGCCAAGGCGACGAAGUGCCUCAGGCGCCGUGGGCGGAAGGCGCCAUUGGCAAUGCCCGUUAUGUGGGUAUUAGCCUCAAGAAGAUUAUCAAGGCCUGCGGCGGCUUGGUGGACGGCGCGAAACACUUGGAGUUUUAUGGUGCCGACACUUACUUUAAAGAUGACAAGACCAUGAACUAUCUUGUCAGUGUUCCGUGGUCCAAAGUCAAGGCAAACGAGGUCAUGCUAGCCUGGGAAAUGAAUGGCGAACCCCUUCCCGCUAUUCACGGCUAUCCGCUUCGCAUUGUCGUCUUUGGCUACAUUGGAGCCAGAAGUGUCAAGUGGCUCUAUCGCAUCAAGGCCAUCAAGAACCCUUCGCGCGCCCCGGUCCAGAGUGCAGAGUACCUCUACUUUCCCCAGCAGGUUGGCAAGCACAAUUUUAAAAUGACGGACGGAAUCCAGAUCCAGGAAAUGCCCGUCAGCUCUGCCAUCAUGUCGCCGUGGACCAAGCAGGUCUGCAUCCACAAUGGCAGCAUUCGCUGCAAGGGAUGGGCAUACUCGGGCGGCGGCCGAUGGCCAGAGCGCGUGGAGCUGUCCAACGACGGCGGCUUCAACUGGUACACUGUGCCGCUCGAGAACCUGUCCAAAAAGGGCAAGUGGUCGUGGCGCACGUGGGAGUUUGACUUGCCGUGCGACGUUGAGGGAUGGGUCGAGAUUGUUGUCCGCUGCUGGGACAAUUCUCUCAACACGCAGCCCCCCGAUGUGCGAACUGCAUGGAACUGGGGAUUGCACGUUACAAGCUCGUGCCACAGAAUUUCCGUGUACAGCGUCAACAAGUCCAAGCCGGCAACGCGGGCGCGACUGGCCGAGUUUGAGGACAAGAAGAUACCAUUUGGCCCGGUUACUGUGCCUCUGCAGUUCCCGUCUCAGACCUGGGAGGACUAUGAGAAGUUCUGGCAGCAACAUGACCCUCGUGAUGCUGACGACGAGUAA